AAAUUCAGAAUUUCAUUGUUUCUCUAGUUAACUAAUCGCUACUAUAUUUUUUAAUUCAUCAGUUACAAAGAAGGAUAGAGAAUGAGAAUUUGGAUAUGGCCAUGGCAAAAUUACUUGCCUCCGAAACACGAAAAUAAUUUCAUAGCAUAAAGAAAAGUCAUACCGUACUUUGAUUAGGCGAAUGAGUAUUCAUUAAAACACAACUAUAUGCUAUAACUGGGUACUUUAACAAACCAUAACAAAUAUUUAAUUUAGGUGUUUACGCUUUUCGGUCACCUUGUAUACUGCGCUAACAAAAAAUCAUGCAAACACGCAUUAUGCCAGUGUACAAAAGAUAUAUUUACAAUGUUCCUUUAUUAAGUACCUACGUUUAACACAGUAUCGGGUACUAACAUAGAAAGACAAUAGAGAUAAAACGAUUAUCUAAAGUUACAAGAUAUGCGUUUAAAUGGAAAAAUCACGAUUUCAAACAGUGGCCAGAGUGAGAGUAAAGAUUCCUAUCACAAUGGUUUCGUAGCAUGUGUUUUUUCUUUCACAAAACUUAAGUGGUGAUUUCGCGGCGUCGUCAUGGAAAAAGGAAACGAAAUUAAAGUAUCAAAACAUUGUUGCUCUGCCCGAGACGUCCUUUGGUACCUCGUCUUCGUUGGAUUCGCAGUGAACUAUAUGAUCAGGAUAAACCUAAACAUAGCUAUAGUCGCCAUGGUGCAACCACGUCCCAAAGAUAACGUUUCCAUAUCCAGCGAAUGCAUAAUAGAUGCACCGACGUCGUCGUUAUUAUUAAACAAAUCCGAUACUGGCAGUACAAUUUUCAACACUUCAGAUCACGAACCGUUGACGAAUCAAAGCGCAGUUGUCCGGGCUGGCAAUUUUUCGGAAAACAAGGACGCAAAAUUCGACUGGAAUGAAAAAGUCCAGGGAUACGUGUUGGGUAGUUUCUUUUGGCUGCACUGGGUGACUCAAGUUCCUGGUGGUAUCUUGGCCGGAAAAUAUGGCACCAAACUCGUUUUCGGGCUGUCCAAUUUUGGAGGAGUCGUUCUUUGUUUCGCUAUUCCCUAUUGUGCUUGGCUGGGACACACCUCGCUCAUUUUGCUCAGACUCGUGCAAGGAUUGAUAUGUGGGUUUGCUUGGCCAUCGAUGCACAACUUAACAGCGCGAUGGAUACCUCCAAACGAAAGAAGCAAAUUUGUGACGGCUUAUCUAGGUAGUUCUGUGGGUACAGCUCUGACCUAUCCAGUGUGUGGUUUCAUUAUCGACAGGUGGGGAUGGGAGUACGUGUUUUAUGUCAGCAGCUUCUUCGGAACGGUGUGGUUCGUCGCGUGGUGGAUGUUGGUGUACGAUUCGCCGGGUCAGCAUCCGAGGAUAUCGAAGAACGAGAGAGACUAUAUUUUGGCGAGCUUGGGAGAGAGCGUCGCUAAAACGCAGUCAUCGGUACCAUGGUCGAACAUUUUCAAAAGCCGAACCGUGUGGAUGAAUAUACUGACCCAGUUCGGUGGCUUGUGGGGACUUUUUACCCUAAUGACUCACGCUCCGACUUACUUUAAGUUUAUACAUGGAUGGAACAUCAAGGCCACGGGGUUGCUUUCCGGAAUGCCCCACAUGUUCCGAAUGCUCUGGGCCUACGCAUUUUCGUUGAUCGGGGAUUACUUGCUCAGAACAAACAAAAUGAACCGCACCAAUGUUCGAAAAUUGGCAACGGGAUUUUGUUGUGUGGGCCAAGGCGUAUUCAUGUUAGGGCUCGCAUACUCCGGCUGUAACAGCCUAGCGGCCAUAAUAUUCCUCACCCUCGCCGUAGCUGUGCACGGAUCAGUUUCUACGGGUCCUCUGGCCAGCGUGGUUGAUAUCAGUCCGAAUUACGCAAGCGUUAUACUAGGGUUGAUGAAUACAUCCGCCGCCAUCGUGGGAUUUAUAACCCCGGCAUUGGUCGGAUACUUAACUUUUCAGAAUCAAACUGCCCACCAGUGGCAAAGGGUAUUUUGGGUGGCAACAUUCUUUUUGGUGGUAAGCGGUCUAGGUUUCGCGCUUUUCGCCAAAUCCGAACUCAAAUCGUGGAACACGCCCCUCAAAAACACCGGACCUCCAGAAACCGAGUUGAUGAUAAUUCACGCAAAAACAGAAGCAAAAGAUGAAGGAAAAGCUACAAACGUACGUGCAUUCUGACAGUAGGCUAUUGAUAAAAAAGAAGAAGGAAAUGACAUACGAUAUAACCUAAAUCCAUUUCCUCCAUAUUUUUUAAAAUUCUGGGAUGAAUCCAAACCUUUUUGAUGAAAACGAAAGGCGUACU